GGGUCGUAGCCCGUCUCUUGGCGUAAAGAGAAUGUGCCAUAUAUAAGCAACUCAAAACACUUAUCGCUCGAUAGUUUUUUCAGUGCCCUGUGGACGUACACUCACCCGCGACAUAAUGGAUAUACCGAUAUUAAUGGUAUUAUUAUGCUAUGUAUGUAAUAGUUAUGCAUCCCACCAUUCUCAUACCAUACCUGUAGAAGGAUACGAAACAGAGCUACAAAACUUGGGUCAACACGUUGAAAUACCUGAAACACCAGUGAAGGUGAUAAAAAUUACUAAAACUAUCGCAGUCAAGAUCCCAGUGCCAUACCCAGUGAAAGUGCGUGAAAAGGUACCAUAUCCUGUACCAGUCGCGAAACCAUACCCGGUUCCAGUGCCUCAAAUCAUCAAGGUGCCACACAUUGUGUCUACUAAAUCUGGCGAUGAACAAGGAGCGACUGAUGGUGGAUACGGCGGCUUUCAGAGUACGCAUCAAAUAAGUGAUCCACAAAACUCAUACCAUGUGCAGGAUAUUCCGACACACGAAUCUUCAUCCGGCGGACACUCUUUUGGACCGGACAGUCAAUCGUAUAGCGGAUAUAAUUCAGGCCAUGGUCAAAAUUUAGGGCAUGAUUAUUCUUCUGAAGGGUCAUCUGGUGGUUCCUAUGAUGAUCCUUCAAGUUAUUAUGGUAAUUCUGGCAAUGGAAAUGACUUUGAAUCCAAAAGCUACGAUUCAGCAAUUAAAGAUUACUUCAAUAAAAAUCAAUUGAGUGGUUACAAUGGAGGAUCAAAUGAUCAUAAUUACCAUUAAAUUUGUGUGUAUGUCAAGCAUGAUUGUUUUGUAGCUAUUUAUGUAUGUAUCUGAUGUUUGAAAUGAUUUCAUGUACGUACCUUGACUACUUGUUGUUUCACGUACAUUGUUAUUUUGUUAUAUUUUUGUUGCUAGAUGUGUAGUUAAUAUAUUAUGAAUUGAAAAUAAAUUAU